CUGCAAGCCUCGCCGCUCUUCCUUCCUCUUCCUCAGGAACUGAGCUCCGACUUGACCCCGGUGGCCUCUCGUCUACUAGUGUACAUGUACUUAUUCUCUCUCUCGGGCACCUACCUCAGGGAAUAGGAUACCACACUUUCCCAUUGGUCAAACCGGAGAACGGUAUCAAAGCCCGUCACCUACUGCUCACUUCGUUUCGCCCCAUGGGUCUGCGCCGUGGUGGCUCCACUUUGUCGAACUUCGACUCUCCACGCAGGUCGGCAGCUAGUAAAACUCGGACUUCCAGAUAGUGGUCCCGCUUGCCUACCGACGGCCAACACUCACAUAUCACACCCCACCAUUCGACAGCUCAGACUACCACCACCAUCACCGCCAUGACGGUCCAACCUCCCCUACCCAUCACAGAAGCCGGCGCCUCUGCCCCCCUUGCGCCGCGCGCAUAUCAGCAGGAGCUGUUUAGGAAGGCAGUUGCCGGGAAUGUUAUCGCCGUGUUGGACACGGGGGCCGGAAAGACAUUGAUAGCUGUGAUGCUCCUAAAGCAUAUGACGAGUCUGAAACAACAACGAGCGGCAAAGCGGCCAAGUAUCUUCCUGGUCCCACUUGUGCCGCUAGUUCUGCAACAGGAGGCAUAUAUCAGAUUCAACUGUCAGCUGAAUGUGAAGCACUACUAUGGGUCCAUGGGUGUCGACGACUGGAAUUAUAAACGGUGGCAAACAGAGAUCUCGGAAGCCGACGUUAUGGUCAUGACAGCUGAUAUCUUUAGGCUGAUUUUGAAUCGAGGUCACAUCUCCAUGGAAAGGGUCACCCUCAUUAUAUUCGACGAAGCGCACCACGCGAGGAAGAACCACAGCUACAAUCAAAUCAUGUCCCAUCAUUACCAGCGCUGCCCCGUGGAGUUGCGGCCCAAAAUCUUCGGCAUGACAGCGUCCCCUACGUUUGCCAAACAAGACUCGAAAGACGCCAUAGAUCAACUUGAAACCAAUCUCGACUGCAAAGCAUACACAGUCCACACCGAUAGUAUGGCCGGUCACGUCAGCAGGCCUGACGAGGAAAUCGUCUACUACAGGGGGGUAUCUGAUGCGUUUCUCCCGGCGAUCUACUAUCUCAUACGUGCUGCGGCAGGUCCUGCAUACCACAUGCUGGAAAAGGCGAUGGACAACGCGUUGGAGUUUUGCGAACAGCUCGGGUCAUGGUGUGCUGCCCGGGCCUUGGAGAAGGCGAUUGCCGACGCGCAUGACAAGCUGCAUCUGCUCGCGUUUAUGCGCAAAACGAACGCGCAUCUGAGGGUUGGCGUGGACGAGGCUGUCGAACGGAAGGUGAUGGAGAAGGUUCAAAGGCUCAAAACGUAUAUCGAACUGGCUCCGAAUUGGGGAGGGACAGGCUCUGCACCGCAUAUCGAAGAGGUGUCCCCGAAGGUCCACACCUUGAUCAAGAUCCUGUUGGGCUACAAAGACGAAGCCGCCACAUUCUGCGGGAUCGUCUUUGUGCAGAAGCGAUCCACAGCCACUGCUCUCCAAGCAUUGAUCGAAAAGUGGCCUGGCCUGGGCUUUCUCAAAAGCUCAAUCCUGGUCGGGCACGGCCGCGGAAAAUCAAGCACCGUCCUCGACGUCAACAUGCAAAUCAAGGAACAGAAACGCAUCGUCGGCCAGUUUCGUACGGGUGAGCUCAACCUCCUCAUCGCAACUCGUGUGGCCGAAGAAGGCCUGGAUAUCCGGGAAUGCAUGCUGGUCAUCCGCUUCGAUGCGAACGGGACGCUGACGAACUUUAUCCAGUCGCGUGGGCGCGCUCGGCAUAUCAAAUCACGGUUCGUCACCCUUUCUAAUAUCGAGAACCCGUCGGAGGCUAUUGAUAUCGCUGCGUUGAAGAGGGAGGAGGAGCGUAUGCGGAACGUUCUGUUCGACCGUGCGGUUGAUAACGACAUGGAGGAUGACAGUCCGUAUGAUCACAACCUGCAGCUGUCGGAGGAUGAGAUAUAUCACAUUGAAAGCACGGGCGCGACAGUGACGAUAUUCGGCGCCAUCGGCGGAUUGGAGCAUUACUGCUCGUUGUUACCCAAGGACGCGUUUGCCCUCAGCCGGCCAAUCUUCGAAGAGGAGCCGGUCUCUUUUGCGGAAGGCGCGUACAUUGGCCCUGGGUACCUGGGAAACGUCACACUACCCAUGGCCGCCCCGAAAUCCACUCGCUUCAUCCGCGGGAAGGUCGUAACUAGUAAACGGGCGGCGAAACGCUGGGCGGCGUUUGAAGCCAUCAAAGUCCUCCACCGGGCCGGGGAGCUCGAUGACCGGCUCAAACCGUUCAAAAUCCAGCCUGUUCUUGACGAUGCUGAGAUGGAUCUUCUGGAGAGUCAGAAGGGGAGGAUGAAGAAGGUCAAGAAGAAGCAGCGGAAGAUUAUGGAGUUCCGGAUGCGGACACCGAGCUUGCUGCAGGGACAGUGGGAUUCGUCCGUGGGCGCGUGGCUUACAAAGAUUACAUUGGACAGCGAUACUCCGGGGGUGCCUACAGAGCCGUUGCAGUUCGGGUUGCUGAGUGUUGGGGACCGGCCGCUGCCAUCGGAAUCGUUCGACUUUAUACUUGCGGAGCAGAAUGUGACGAUGACCACUACAACGUAUGCGACGAGGGUCAUCAUGACCGAUGAGAAGCUGAGACAGACGAAGAAGUUCCACUCUGUGUUCUUCAGAGGGAUUCUAAGGAGUGAUGUACCCGACGACGGCGACUGGGCUACUAUCGUCGUUCCAACCACAGCGCCCAAGAGCACUGACAUUCUGCAUGAAUUGAACACGGACCCGAACGCUGCAAUCGACUGGGAAGCCAUCCAAAUCGCGUGUCAGGGGCAUCAACCCGUCCUCGACGACCCGAACUUUCUCAAACGGGACGAUAUUGCGAACUUUGCUGUCUUUGAUCGUGUCUUUUACAAACGCGUGUACUUAAUCACCCGCGUCGUUCCAGAGACCACACCCUUCUCAGACUUGCCUACAGGCAACGCCCCGCACGUCGCAGGUUUCUACCAGACCCGUCUUCAAUGCCGCGAGAAGAUCCUGGAGGACCAACUCAUCAUCGAAGCCCGAUCGCUACCGUACAUCACCCAAAGCGCCAGCACUCAGGAGAGCUUGGCGGCAAAGUUCCUCAUCCCGCAGUUCUGUACCAUCUUCCCCAUCCCGGCGCGACUCCUCCAGGGCAAUGCGCUGCAUCUCCCUCUGAUCGUGCAGUACUUGCAUCACCGGCUCGUGGCGCGAGAUCUGAAGUACCUCGCGGUCGAGCGCGCGGAAGAGGGGCAGAUCGUCGACGACGAGAGUUAUAGGGAACUCAGCGGUACCGUGUCGGAUCUGCAGACGGCGCUAACUGCCCCGGUCGCAAACCCGGUGUUCAACUACGAGCGGCUGGAGACGCUCGGCGACAGUUUCCUGAAGGUGCAUCAGAGCAUACAUCUGUUUGUUAUGUACCCGGAGUGGCAUGAAGGGCAUUUAUCGCAGAAGCGGAAUAACAUGGAGAAGAACUCGGCGUUGAGGGAACGGGCUGGGGAGGUUGAGCUCGAGACGUAUGUUCUUGGGACCGCACUGUCGAGGAAGGAAUGGACGCCGCCUUUGCAACGGGGCGAGGGCGGGGCCACGCAACGGUUGAGUGAUAAGACGGUCGCGGAUGUUGUGGAGGCCAUCAUUGGCGCUUGUGUGCUAAGAGGCGGAGAGCUCGGGGGCGCCAAGGCCGUCAAGAAGCUGCUUGGAGGCGAUUACGAGAUCGAUUGGGCGCGGUACUGUGCUAUAUACAAAGAGAGGCGGAAGAGCGGCGAGUUUAGGACGCCCGGGGUGGAUGUUGCCGAACGGGAAUUGGGGUAUAAAUUCAAGGACCCGUCGUUGUGCAUGGAGGCGCUCACGCAUGCCUCGGCGGCCCAACUUGCUCUGCAGACCGAUUGUUAUCAACGUCUCGAGUUCCUGGGUGACUCGGUGCUGGGGUUCGUCGUGACGCGAUACCUGUACAUAUUGGAACCCCCACUCGACCCGGGCCAGAUCUCGCAUCUGCGGUCCGAGCUGGUCAACAACCAGUUCCUGGCUGUUGUCUCGUGGAACAUGUCGGCCGACGACACACCCUUAGACCCGGACGCAUCCUUCACAUCCACCAGAACAACCUCAACCACAACCACCCACACCUCCACCUCCUCCACCUCCUCGCAACUCUUCUGGAACGCGCUAGACUCGGCGCCCAAAGCCGCCGGCGACGUCUACGAGUCCAUGAUCGGCGCCGUGUUCAUCGACUCGGGAUUCUUGCUCGAUACCGUCGCGCGUGUUGUGCAUGAUACGCUCAUCAAGCCGUAUUGGGCAAGGUUUGAGAGG